AAAUUGUAUCCUUUUCCAAAAAAAAAAAAAAUAAAUUAAAAUUAAAGCCAAACAGCCUCAUCGUCUCUCUAAAGCUUUGCAUCAAAUCCAGUGUGCGCGUGUGUGUUCAAAGCUCUGGUGAUAAUGGCGUCGGUGGGCCAGGCCGCGGAGGUGUACGAGCCGAAGCCACUCCAAGUCUGGCGAGCUCUGAUGAACUGGUUGGGCUUCUUCUUCCAGAUCAUCGUUCAGAUCCUCAGAGGCGCCCCCUGCCUCGCUCAUUUCCUGUCGUACGUUCCUCUUCUCGCUUCUUCUUCUUCUUCUUUCAGGCCCUUGCCGGUCAGUGAAAUCCCUCUCAACGACACGUCGUCCUCCGCUCACGCCAAUCUCGAAAACGGCGUCGUAACCGACGAUCACCGCCUUCAAAAGCUCACGGUAGUUCUUGACUUAGAUGAGACGCUAGUGUGCGCGUACGAAACAUCUAGCUUGCCUGCUAUUGUUCGGACCCAAGCAACGGAUGCUGGGUUGAAGUGGUUUGAGAUAGAAUGUGUAUCUUCAGACAAGGAGUCUGAUGGUAAACCGAAGAUCAGUUAUGUGACAGUGUUUGAACGUCCUGGUCUGCACGAGUUCUUGAAACGGAUUUGUGAAUUUGCUGAUCUUGUCCUAUUUACUGCUGGUCUUGAAGGAUAUGCUAGACCACUUGUUGACAGAAUUGAUGUGGAGAGCAGAUUUAAGCUUCGUCUUUAUCGGCCUUCUACAGUUACCACGGAAAACCGGGAUCAUGUGAAAGAUCUGUCUUGUAUAUCGAAAGAUCUCUGUCGAAUUGUUAUUGUUGACAACAACCCAUUUAGUUUUCUGCUGCAACCGGUGAAUGGAGUUCCAUGUAUUCCCUUUUCUGCUGGACAUCCAUAUGAUGAUCAGCUCUUGGAGGUGCUGCUUCCACUCCUCCAGCACCUCGCCCAGCAAAAGGAUGUGAGGCCUGUGCUUUAUGAGAGAUUCCACAUGCCCGAAUGGUUUCAAAUGCAUGGAGUUACUGUUUCUGGUUAGACAAUUUGAUGUUAGCUAGGUCACUAAUGGGAUGACAGCUGCAAUUUUUCUCGAAGAACCUGAUUAGAUACUUAUUGGUUCGAAGCAUUUCGUCGGAUUAUAUUAUUCUGUAGGAGUGUUCCUUCAUCGAUGCCGGCCAUGAAAAUGCCCAAGUUCAUUGGAUUACCUGCAAGGGUGGCUUCAUCGGAUGUAUUCAAGUAUGAUGGUAGACUUAAGUCGGAUUCUUUUGUAAUUAAACAAUAUUCAAAUAGGCUGCAGGCUGCAGAAGCUGUUUUGUUCUGUGAAUUUUUAUUAUUAGAGUAUGCAUUCCGACCAACUGGAGUAUAUAUGUCAACACAUCCAAUUUGAUAUAUUUGGUCACUGGCUAGCAAUGCAGAAAUAGAAUAUCCACUUCGACAUUUCAGUAAGUACCGGCAAAAGUUAGUAAUGUAAGCUACUUGGAUCUAAGCAGGUUUCUUCGGCGCCUUCACACAAUGAUCUUGUCUCUAUACCAUGGGUGCAAGAAAAAUAUUUUGUUCUGGGCUAUCUGCUACUCUGUUAGGCUACAUUGUCAUCGGCUCCGGCAAACUUCUCUGAUCUCUCAAUUCGUGAGUGUUUAGUGACAUCUUAUCAAUAUGCAAAGGUACUUUGCUCAA